CGCUGCACGUACAGUGAGGGAAAGAGAGGGCAAGAAAGCUACCCCACCCCCACCCUCGGCCGCGGUGAGUGUGGAACUCUACGCUGGAGCGAACCACUGCGUGAGAAAGGGGGGAAUGGUAAGGAGAAGGGCUAUAGGGCGCUUGGUCCUCAAGAUGACACCAGCUGCACGACAAGAAGUUCUUGGCCUUUACCGCAGGAUAUUCAGAAUAGCCAAAAAAUGGCAGUCUGCAUCAGGACAGAUGGAAGACACUUUUAAAGAGAAACAGUACAUUAUAAAUGAAGCCAAAACCUUAUUCCAAAAAAACAAAGAUCUAACAGAUCCAGAGCUGAUUAAACAGUGUAUAGAAGAAUGCAAGGCAAGAGUAGAAAUCGGACUUCACUAUCACAUUCCCUACCCAAGACCUAUUCAUCUGCCUCCUCUGGGUCUCGCUCCACAACGUGGUCGUGCAUUUCGAAACCAAGAAAAGCUGAGGAAGCUUUCCAAGCCAGCCUACUUGAGAUCCUACGACGAAGUUUCGUAACACACUGUCAAAGUGUGGUGCAUAUUAUCACGAACUGCAAGGCAGACGUGUCUCAUGUAUGCAACUGUGAAUGAAACUGUGUGCUUGAUAAUCGCUUACACUCUUCCUGACGCCACGAGCCUAGCUGAUUCAGCAUGUACGAUGGAUAGGGAUGUAUGGAAACUGUCUUGUAUUUAAUAUUCAACCACUGACAUCAAUAAAAAUAACAUCUUUUAAGGAGUGA